AUGGGAGGCGAUUGCCUAUCACGAACUCGGGUGGAUGCUGACGUGGAUGGGAGGCAAAUGCGGACAGGGGAAGCGGGAAUAACGGUGACUGGAGCCGUUGAGGCUUCGGGGGGCGGUCCGAGGAGCGGUGGGAAGCUUCGAAUUGUGAUUAUAGGCGAUGUUCACGGCAUGUGGCAUCCUUGGAAGGACCUGGCUGCUUUGAAGCUCCUCAAGCCAGACAUCAUUCUCUUUGUCGGGGACUUUGGCGAGGAGCAGGUGCAGCUGGUGCGGCAGGUGGCGGCAGUGAAGGCCAUGAUGGGCGCUGUGGGCGCGCAGGUGGAGGUGGCAGUCAUCCUCGGCAACCAUGACGCCUGGUUCCACAUGUUCAGAAAAGAGAGUGCGCCACUGGUGGACGCAGUGGAUAAGCUCACUCAGCAGCUUGAAGCCCUAGGCAGUUUACACGUGGGGUACGGGCGGGUGGACCUCCCCCAGUGGCGCCUGUCCAUCGUGGGAGCGCGCCCCUUCUCCUACGGCCCCUCCAGCUGGGCUAAGAGCUUCUACCGCGCCAGAGGUUCCAAGGUGCAGAGAGGUUCCAAGGUGCAGAGAGGUUCCAAGGUGCAGAGAGGUUCCAAGGUGCAGAGAGGUUCCAAGGUGCAGAGAGGUUCCAAGGUGCAGAGAGGUUCCAAGGUUCAGAGAGGUUCCAAGGUGCAGAGAGGUUCCAAGGUGCAGAGAGGUUCCAAGGUGCAGAGAGGUUCCAAGGUGCAGAGAGGUUCCAAGGUCCAGAGAGUUUCCAAGGUGCAGAGAGGUUCCAAGGUGCAGAGAGGUUCCAAGGUGCAGAGAGGUUCCAAGGUGCAGAGAGGUUCCAAGGUGCAGAGAGGUUCCAAAGUGCAGAGAGGUUCCAAGGUGCAGAGAGGUUCCAAGGUGCAGAGAGGUUCCAAGGUGCAGAGAGGUUCCAAGGUGCAGAGAGGUUCCAAGGUGCAGAGAGGUUCCAAGGUGCAGAGAGGUUCCAAGGUUCAGAGAGGUUCCAAGGUGCAGAGAGGUUCCAAGGUGCAGAGAGGUUCCAAGGUGCAGAGAGGUUCCAAGGUGCCGAGAGGUUCCAAGGUGCAGAGAGGUUCCAAGGUGCAGAGAGGUUCCAAGGUGCAGAGAGGUUCCAAGGUGCAGAGAGGUUCCAAGGUGCAGAGAGAUUCCAAGGUGCAGAGAGAUUCCAAGGUGCAGACUACAGAGAGGUUACAGUGGGGAACGCAGGGAGGAGGUAAGGUGCAGAGAGGUUGCGGUGGUGGGUGUGGAGUGCGCACCAUGAACGCCAGCACGGCAAAGAUCACAGAGACCAUCCGAGCAGCACCGGAGUCCCACAGCGUUGUCGUUCUCGCACACAAUGGGCCUGCAGGCCUGGGCUCCCACCCGUGGGACAUAUGUGGCAAGGACUUCCCCUCCAAGGGGCUGCCACCGGGGGGCGACUUCGGGGAUGAAGGUGAGAGGAGGGGUGGGGUUGGGAGGGGGUGUGUUCUUCCUUUCCUGCUGUCGUUUUUUCCCUCCCCUUCCUGCCCUUGUCCCUCCCCUUCCUGCCCUUGUCCCUCCCCUUCCUGCCCUUGUCCCUCUGUAACGCACCACUCCCGCCCGCCCAUGACCUCUCCAUCACUACUCUAUGAUCUAUCCAGCGCUGUUACAGCAUCGCUGGAAGACGGGCGGCACAUCCCACUGGUGGUGUUUGGCCACAUGCACCGCGACCUCUUCCCCUUCAACUACCGCUCGCGCUCCAACCGCCUCACCACCCCUCACAUCGCACCCACGCGGCAAGGGGAGGUUGUCACCCAGCGCCGCAUGGCUGCUGUUCUGCUGCACCUUGCCUCUCCGCUGCCCACCUCUGCCACCUCCCCUCUAGCCGCUGCCACUCCCCAUCCUGUACUCUCUAUGCCUGUUGCUGGUAGCGCGCCUCUUGUUGCUCCCUCCAAUAGUUCUGACAGCACCCACACCACCGCCCAUGCCAGCAGCCACACCGUGUUUCUCAACGCAGCAGUUGUGCCUCGGAUAGUCUCUCUUGACGAGGAGCAUUUCACCCGAACCUCUGGGCCAGGCUUGGCAGUCUACCCCGCUCUUGGUUCGGAGCCGCUUGACCCAACACCAAGGCUAUUACCGCCGUACUGGAAAGGAAUGGGAGGGAAUUGGGGAGCAGGCGGAGAAGAAGCGGACUGUGGGGCGGAGGGUGUGUCUGCAGGAGUGUGUAGAGGGAUGGAAGGGUUAGGGAUGGGUGCUGCGAGGGAUGAGAAGGGAGGGAGAGAGGUGCAGGUGGAGGCACAAGCAGGUCGUGUGGGAGGUGGCGCCUCACCUGCUGAGAUGGUAUCACAACGAGUGGAGGACGCGCUUCCAGUGGCUGGUGUGGGGGAUGGAGAUGGGGAGUUGCGUGGGGAAGCGUGUGGGGAGGGGUGUGGUGAGAAAGGAAGAGGGGAAACAGGAGGGGCAGCAGAAGCAGUGGUAUGGGAGGAUGAGGUGCGGUGGGAGGGGGUGGAUGGUGUUGCGGUGGAAGGAGGCGUGGGGGAGAGGGAUGCAGGUGCAGCCCCGUCGCUGCACCACUUUGUGCUGGCUCACCUGGCGGUGCAGGGAGCAGUGGAGCAGGGACAGGCAAAUCAGGGUCCAGUGGGGCAGGGCUCAUUGGGACAGGAAUCUGUGCCACCUGCAUUGGCUGACUCUGUGGCGGCAGCUCUUGCUGACGGUGACUGGGAAGGGCAGUAUGUGGAUGGUGGGGCAGGCCGGUGGGUGUGUGUGGGGGCAGAGGACGUGUGGGUGAAGGUGGAUGAGCGGACGGGCAGUGGUGGGAGGAGGGGAGUGGUGGCAUGCUUGCACAGGAAAGACGGGAGGUGA